CUAUAUAUAUAUAUAUAUCUAUCUAUCUCUUUGGGGAUGUCUAACAAUAUGACUCUACUUGUCUUAUUUCCCUUACUUUACUCUGUCUCUGUCCUCACUAUAACGUAUAAUCCAAUUUCUAGCUUUACCUCUCCAACCCCAUCUGCAGCUAAAGUGUGCACACUUCAAAACAGCUUUCAGCCAGCCUUUGUGGCCAAGGGUGACUAUGUUAUUGGGGGGAUAUUCCCCCUUCACUAUAACCAGGAGAUGCCAGACCUCAACUGCACCUACAGACCACCGCCAGUGAAGUGCAAUGGCUUUGAUCCCAGGGCUUUCCGCUGGGUUCAGACUAUGAGGCUGGCAGUGGAGGAGAUAAACCAGAGUACAGAGCUAUUGCCCAAUUACACCCUUGGAUACCAGAUAUUUGAUUCAUGUUCAUAUCCGCUGACGGGCCAGAGGGCUGCUCUGGCUGUGUUGAACGGGCUGAGCGAGGAUAACUCUCCCAUGUGCAGCGGUGCCUCUCCACUCCUUGCUGUUAUUGGAGAAUCUGGUUCUACACUGUCUAUGGUGAUGUCAAGAAUCCUGCAGCCAUUCAGAAUACCGAUGAUCAGCUACUUUUCUUCAUGUGCUUGUCUCUCUGACAGAAGAAGAUUUCCUACCUUCUUCAGAGUUAUCCCGAGUGAUGAAUAUCAGGUGAAAGCCAUUGCUCAGCUGCUGGUACGGUUCAACUGGACUUGGGUGGGGCUGGUCCGGGGAGACCGUGAAUAUGGACGCUUCGCUGCGGAAGGUUUACUAAGGGAAUUACAGGGUACCAAAGUAUGUAUAGCGUACCAAGAAAUGAUCCCUCUGCUCUACAGUCAUCAGAGGGCACUGGAAAUCAUGCAGGUGAUGCAAACCUCUGCAGCAAAGGUUGUGGUGGUGUUUUCAUCUGAGGGGGAGAUGACACCUUUCUUGAAAGAUUACAUGAAGCAGAACAUCACUGGAAUCCAAUGGGUGGCCAGUGAGGCCUGGGUUACAGCAUCUGUCUUUGCAGGGAGCGAGUAUUACCCCUACAUGGGGGGCACCAUUGGGUUUGGAAUAAGAACAGGUCAUAUAUCCAGACUCAGUGACUACCUCCAAACAGUAAACCCUCAGAUGUAUCCAAAUAAUCUUUUGGUUAAGGAGCUGUGGCAGGCUCUGUAUGGUUGCAGACCUUCUGUGUCCUCUGACUCCAAGUUGCCUCCCUGCACAGGGCAGGAGUCCCUGUUGAAACAGCAUUCGGCCUACAUGAAUACAUCCAGCCCUAGAGUAGCAUACAAUGUCUAUAAGGCUGUACAUGCAAUUGCUCAUUCCCUCCACAACCUUUUUCUCUGUCAACCAGGCAGUGGGCCUUUCCAAAACAACUCAUGUGCUCAAAGCAACAACAUACACCCCUGGCAGCUCCAAUACUACCUUCAGGAAGUGAAAUUUGAAAUUGCCGGGGAGGAGGUGAACUUUGACCUGAAGGGCGACUCCAUACCCUAUUAUGAUAUCAUCAACUGGCAGAGAGGCACAGGUGGAAACAUUGAGUUUGUCAACGUGGGGUUGUUUGAUGGAACCAAGCCUGCUGGAGAGGAGCUGGUGAUCCAGGAAGACAGGAUCAUUUGGGCAGGGCAUCAGAGUGAGGUUCCAGUGUCUGUAUGUAGUGCCAGCUGUCUUCCAGGGUCCCGGAAGGCUGUCCGUCAUAGGGAGCCUGUUUGCUGUUUUGACUGUGUACCAUGUGACAGUGGCAAAAUUAGCAAUCAGACAAACUCAAUAGAGUGCACAUUUUGUCCGGAGGACUUCUGGUCAAACAAAGACAGAACAGCCUGCAUCCCCAAGGAGGUGGAGUUCUUGGCUUAUGAUUCCUUGGGUAUAGUCCUGACAGUGAUCUCUGUGGUGGGUGCCUGCCUCACUAUGGCUGUCUUUGCAGUCUUUUUCUAUCAUAGAAACACAGCCAUUGUCCGAGUGAAUAACUCUGAACUCAGCUUCUUCAUCCUUUUUGCACUGACUCUGUGUUUCCUGUGUUCCCUGGUGUUCAUUGGAGAGCCAACACCUUGGUCCUGCAUGCUGCGCCACACUGCCUUUAGCAUUACAUUUUCACUUUGCUUCUCGUGCAUUCUGGGGAAGACUCUGGUGGUGUUGGCGGCUUUCACUGCCACCAGGCCAGGGAACAACAUCAUGAAGUGGCUGGGGCCCAAGCAGCAGAGGUUCAUUAUUUUCAGUUGCACUCUGGUUCAGGUGGCUAUCUGUGCUGCCUGGCUCAUUGAUGCUCCUCCUUUUCCAUCCCGAAAUACACAAUAUGAACGCUCAAAGAUCAUACUGGAGUGUAGCGUUGGCUCCAGCUUCGCAUUCUGGUGUGUUCUAGGGUAUAUUGGUCUACAGGCCUGUCUGUCCUUCGUCCUGGCUUUUCUGGCCCGUAAGUUGCCAAGCAACUUCAACGAGGCCAAGUUCAUCACUUUUAGCAUGCUGAUCUUCUGUGCUGUGUGGCUAGCAUUUAUCCCUGCUUAUAUCAGCUCACCUGGAAAUUAUGCAGAUGCAGUGGAGUCAUUUGCCAUUCUGGCGUCCAGCUUUGGCUUGUUGUUCUGCCUGUUUGCUCCAAAGUGCUACAUUAUUUUACUGAAACCAGAACAGAAUACAAAACAGCACCUGAUGGGGAAAAAGUAACUUGUCAUAACUUAACCUUUUUUAAAAUAUUUAAGAUUUCCAUUCAACACUGUAAUUGUUAUUCAAACGUUGUCUUCACAAAUUAGGAUUUAUUUUACAUUUGUUUUAACUGAGCAGUGAUAGACAGUAAGCAACUCAUAUUGCAACACUGUAACUUAAGUACAGUGUACAAGGAAGUACAAGUUACAAGAAGCUUCUGACUUGUAUAACUUGUGUAUGAUAUUUAGUAGGGGCAAAUUAUUUUGUGGAAAAGACAGCUUUUUAGUUUUGGAUUCAUUCAAGGUCAAUGGGUUUGGAAAUGUACACACUCUAAAGGAAUAAAAUAAAUGACAAUUAAGUAAUUAUUGAUUAUACUUCAAAAUACUCUGAUGUUUGCAAAGUACUGUGUGCCACUGUAUUGUAACAUAGUCAGGCUUUUGUCCUGAGGGGAACUUAAGACAAAUAUUUGUGGUGAUUUUCAGUUAUUACUUGCUUGUACAGAACCAUGGAUCAAUAAAGAAAGCUUUUAGAUCAUGA